AAACAUUGAAUAGAAGCCUUAUCAUCUGUCAAGGUUGUAGUUGAAAAAGGCGGUAGUCUAGCCCGACUCUGGGAAAGUUUAGAAAUAUGAGUAUAGUUCGAGGAUGUUUCGGCAAUGUGAAUGGUUUCAUCUCUUAUUUAUGGCAUACUUUGUUAUCAAGAAGAUACGGUAAAAAACAGUCAACAGAUGAGCUACUUCAAGAUGAUAUUGGUGCCAUUGUUGACGAUAAUUACUAUAAACGUGACAUACUAAUUGUUGGUAAGAGAAUGGCCUUGUCUACCAGCGUUGAAGAACGGAUCAACGCUGUUCGUGAUAUUGGUCAUAUAGCAUGGUUAGGUGGACCUGCUGUCGCCAGGUUGGCUGCCAAUCAUCUCAUAGAGUUUGCACGCAUGCUCCAAGAUGAUGAAGCGCCAGAUGCUAUGAAGAUACAAAUUUUAUACACCAUUAGCGAAAUUUGUAUGUGUAGCAUUGAUAAUCAAAAUACAGCACGAUCCUACGGUCUACUUGAUACCAUUUACAGCCUACUUGAAUCGGAAAUACCGCUGAUACGUUGUGGUGCAGUCGCAUGUCUUGUCGUGCUUAUCAACGAAAAUUAUGAAAAUCACAUAUCUGUUCUACGUAUGGAAAAUAUUGUAGAGAAGUUAAUUGAUUUGUUACAAGAAGACUGGAGUUCUUGGAAACGCAACGAAGCCAAGCGGUUGAUUCUAAUGCUGGGACUGAAUCAGUCGGAGGAUAACGUUGAUGAUGUCGAUGAAUUUGAUCGCACUUAAUAUCUGGUCAUGAUUGUUGUCAGUCAUAUGUGAUGUCGGGUAUUAGAAAACGUUUGGAACCCAUUAUUUGAAAAUUGUUUUUCUUAGAAUCGUCUAUAUACUAUCUUAUGAUUUGGAGAUGUACAUACAUUUCAUACUUAUGUUUAUUUCAAGGUUUAUUUUGUAAAUUAAACGUAAAACUUUGAUAACUUAUUGAGAUUUGAUGAAUAAAGAAUCCAUAUCUUUAACGUAAA